UUUUCUACACUGUUUAGGAAAAUAUUAAAAUGAAUGUUGUUGAACAACAAGUAAUACAAGCUGCUCAUGUUGUUGAGAGCGUAGUAGAUGCAGAACUUAAUCGCUUGGAAAAUCUAGAUGAUGAUGAUUUGAAAAGAAUUCGACAGGAUAGAGUAAAUGCAAUGAAAAAAUUGGCUUUACGUAAAGAAGAAUGGAAGCAAAUUGGUCACGGAGAAUACCAAGAAUUAAAAGAUGAAAAAGAAUUCUUUGAUGAACAAAAGAAAAGUGAACGUUUUGUUUGUCAUUUUUACAGAGAAAGUACAUUUAGGUGUAAAAUUAUGGAUAAGCAUCUUGAUAUCAUUGCGAGAAAGCAUAUUGAAACUCGUUUUGUUAAGAUUGAUGCCGAAAAAUGUUUAUGGUUGGCACAAAGACUCAAAAUAAAAGUUCUUCCUACAUUAGCAUGUAUAAAGGACAGCAAGACCAAAGAUUAUAUCGUGGGUUUUGAUGAUUUAGGUGGAAUAGAUGAUUUUCCUACUGAAAUGCUUGAAUGGAGAUUGAGCUUAUCAGAAAUGGUGGAUUAUAAUGGCGACAAACCGUCAGGAAAACCGAAGACUCAGUCUAGAAUUUUAGGAUACCCUGAUGAAAAAAAAAAUGUGCGAGGAAAUAAUGGUGAAAGCGAUGACGAUGAUUAUUAACUUUUGCUAUUAAUCAAAAGAAUUGAAGUUGCCAGAGUAACCGAAUUUAAAGUCUGUUUUUCUUAUUAAUAUUGAUGCUUUGUUCAAAGAAAAUGAAACUCGCACAUCUGAGUUGCUCUAUAAUUAUAAAAAUUUUUCAUUUGCUGUA